UCUGCGUGUAUUAGAAAGCUAAAUUUAAACAGCAACAAUAAGAAAUCUUCUCCAGCGGAUCCCUUGAGCCUUUCGGGAAAAUGCAGGUUUCUGGCUGACAGGAAGAAGAAAAAGCAUCCAAUCGGCACUUGUGUCUCAAUGACCAAUCAAAUUUCGCCUUACAUUGCAUCGCUGGGAAAAAACGGAGCUGGACGACUCAGUCUCUUGGUCUGUGGCUGCUGCGGUUACCUGGGCGUGCGAGCACCUCUGAGGCUGUCUUUGUUACCUGGGCAAUAAGGGACUAGCAGUUCAGCCGUUCUCUAUGCCUGCUGGAUUUGUUUGUAUUUGUUCCCAGCCACUGCUCAUGUAAUGCACUCCCUUAACCAGGAAAUUAAAGCAUUCUCCCGGAAUAAUCUCAGGAAGCAAUGCACCAGGGUGACAACGCUAACUGGAAAGAAAAUUAUAGAAACAUGGAAAGAUGCCAGAAUUCAUGUUGUGGAAGAAGUAGAGCCGAGCAGUGGGGGUGGUUGUGGUUAUGUGCAGGACCUUAGCUCGGACCUGCAAGUUGGCGUUAUUAAGCCAUGGUUGCUCCUAGGGUCACAAGAUGCUGCUCAUGAUUUGGAUACACUGAAAAAGAAUAAGGUGACUCAUAUUCUUAAUGUUGCACAUGGAGUUGAAAAUGCUUUCCUCAGUGACUUUACAUAUAAGAGCAUUUCUAUAUUGGAUCUGCCUGAAACCAACAUCCUGUCUUAUUUUCCAGAAUGUUUUGAAUUUAUUGAAGAAGCAAAAAGAAAGGAUGGAGUGGUUCUUGUUCAUUGUAAUGCAGGCGUUUCCAGGGCUGCUGCAAUUGUAAUAGGUUUCCUGAUGAAUUCUGAACAAACCUCAUUUACCAGUGCUUUUUCUUUGGUGAAAAAUGCAAGACCUUCCAUAUGUCCAAAUUCUGGCUUCAUGGAGCAGCUUCGUACAUAUCAAGAGGGCAAAGAAAGCAAUAAGUGUGACAGAAUACAGGAGAACAGUUCAUGAGUUGCAUUGUAGCAGACAAUGGACAACUGUAGUUUCUGAACUGACUUCUAUAGCCAUCUUUUCCCUUUUUUGGAGAGUAGACUAGCAAAACUCCCUUUUUUCUCUUGCCUUUUUUAUGCAUAAAUGGAGGUCAAUUUGAUUGUCCUGACCUACUGUAUAAGUAAAUUUCAAAUGUCAUUACUUUCUCUUUGUUAUUAUAAUGUGUGAUUAAAUGCUUUUUUAAAUUGCUAAGGGAAAAUAACAAAGUGUUAGUAAUCAUUGCUUUCUGUAGAAGAAAAAGGUUUAAAUUUAAAAUGUGUAUUUAGAGCAUGGAGAGAAUCAUUUAAUGAAGCCUAUUUUUCUGUUCCAGCAACUGUUUUUAUGAAAGAAAAACUUGAAAUGCUACUUAACUUACUAUUUCAAAGGGAAGUAUAUUUCUUUUUAAAGAAUCUUUUUAAGAUUAAAAAUGAAUACCUUAAAUCUCCCAAAAGAGAUAACCAGUAUCUGAAGGUUUAUACAAUAUUUACACAGUGGCUACAAUAUUCACAAAAUUCUUAUGUUCUCUUAUGAAAAAUGUACACUUUUCAUUUUGUCUUCUUCUUCUUUUUUUUUUUUUAGAUGGAGUUUGGCUCUUGUCCCCAGGCUGGAGUGCAAUGGCGCAAUCUCAGCUCACUGCAACCUCUGCCUCCCGGGUUCAAGCCGUUCUCCUGCCCCAGCCUCCCAAAUAGCUGGGAUUAUAGGUGCCUGCCACCAUGCCCAGCUAAUUUUUGUGUUUUUAGUAGAGAUGGUGUUUCACCACGUAGGCCAGGCAGUCUCGAACUCCUGACCUCAGGUGAUCCACCCACCUUGGCCUCCCUAAAUACUGGGAUUACAGGCGUGAGCCACUGCAUCCGACCUCAUUUUGUUUUUUUCAAUUCUGUUAUCGGCAUUUCUUUCUUUCUUUUUUUUUAAUGUAUAGGUGUUCUGUCAUACCUUAUUGUGAGCUUUGGUUCUUUGAACAGGUGAUCUAUUCUCUUACAUUUUGUGCUUUUUAUCUUGGGUGCCUAGCAUUCUGUUUUUUUGAUCCUAUGUCAUAAUUUUUUGAGAAAAUGUUUGAUACUGCAAGAUCAUUGUUUAGUGGUCUGUUUUCUACUUCAGUAUUCUACCAGAGAACAUAUUUUUUAGGGGAGAAGGGUUAUGGUUUUGUAAGAAACUUUAAAUAUACUUUUAGGAGACCCACAAUCAUUUACAGUUUUAUCUUUGGCCUUUGAAUUGGUUCUUUUUUCUUUAAUGUCUCCGUAUUUGCAGAACUGAGCUCUGUACAUUAUAAAUUUGCUUAAAGAUUUUGAUUUUUUCUUCAGAAUAUGGUAUACUUAAAAUUAAUUAAUUAAGACAGUUUCUUUUUUCUUUUCUUUUUUUUUUUUUCGAGACAGGGUCUUGCUCUGUCACCUAGGCUAGAGUGGAGUGGCAUGAACACAACGCACUGCAGCCUCUACCUCCUGGCUCAAGCAGUCCUCCCACCUCAGUCUCCUGAGUAGCUGAGACUACAGCUGUGCGCCACCACAUCUGGCUAAUUUUAUUUUUAUUUUUGUAGAGACAGGAGUCUUGCCAUGUUGCCCAGGCUGAUCUCAAACUCCUAGGCUUAAGUGAUCCUCCCGCCUUAGCCUCCCAAGUGCUAGGAUUACAGGCAUCAGCCACCAAGCCUGGCCUGAUAGUUUCCACAUAGUUUUUCAUAACUUAGAAGAUAUCAUUGCCAUGUAGCUUUUAUUUUUAAAAGUCUUGAGCUCUUCUUAAAUAUACAUUAUAGAGAGCAAGCAUAGAAGGAAAGUGCAUAUUGAACACAUCUGUGCAUUUGAGAAGGCAGGCUUUCAUAUGCUGUCAUGAGCAAAAAGUAGAAGUGAUAAAUGCAAGUUAUGUUUUGAGAUUGCUUACACCGUGACAAGAUGCCAUCACUUGUGAUGUUAUGAACUGUUAUAAACUCUUUGCUUCUGCUAAGAAGCAGUCUAAAUAUAAUCAAUGUACAGUGAGCUCUUUGAAGCCAACCAAGGCAGGCAGAACCCUCUUAAAUAUGAGACUGGUGUAUAGGUUCUCUCUAUGGUCAGUAUCACUGGAUAAGCCUUCUCCUUUCAUAAGAAAGGAUGUAUUUAAAUACAUUUUAUUUUGCUAAAUCCUGUUUAGUUUUCAGCCAUUAAAUGUCACAUGAAGCCUUGAUAGAAUUUGUUCAUAAUGGAUCAUGUAUUAUUAUUAUUUUUGAGAUGGAGUUUUGCUCUUAAUGAUAUUAUUAUUAUUUGAGACAGAGUUUUGCUCUUAUUGCCCAGGCUGGAGUGCAGUGGCGUGAUCUGGGCUCACUGCAACCUCUGCCUCCCAGCUUCAAGCGAUUCUCCUGUAUCAGCCUCCCAAGUAGCUGGGAUUAUAGGCAUGUGCCACCAUGCCCAGCAAAUUUUGUAUUUUUUUUUUUGGUAGAGACAGGGUUCAACCAUGUUGGUCAGGCUGGUCUCGAACUCCUGACCGCAAGUGAUCCACACGACUUGGUCUCCCAAAGUGCUGGGAUUACGGUGUUAGCCACUACACCUGGCCUGGAUUGUGUAUUAUUUAUGUCUGUAGUUUAUAUGCUUAGUUGUUGCCUAUAGUGAUCUGGGUAAGAUUCAAACAUUUAUCUUUUGUAUCUUCUACAGAAGUGCUUUGAGCAUCAAAUUUGUUUUAAUGUUAAAUUGUAGUUUGCUGUAUUAAAAUAGAUCAAUGAAUAUAAUUCAGUCUUUUAGGGGCACCAAGUAAAGCAUAAGGUCAUAUAUACUAUACAAUAUGUUUAUUGCACUUCCCAUGGGGAUAAAUCACUCUGUCAUUCCUAGUUAUUUUAAAAAAAGAACUUUAUGAUUACGGUCCUCUUUCUCACAUACUGCAAACUUAAAAGAUACAUACACCAAAUAUAGGUCUGUUUUAAAGGAGAAGAAAAAUAGUUCAAGGAGUUUUUGCCUCUUUGUUUUUAAAUAGAUUAUUCUGCCAUUUUUUAAAGGAAAGGGAAAAUGAAAACAGCAUGUCUUUUUAAACAUUGAAAAGAAAUAUGGAGGCUUUAAACCGCAGACUGAAAAAGCUGAGUAGAACAAAGGCAGUGGAGCAUACAAUACAAUUCUAUUUAUUUGAGGUUAAUUGAAGUUAAUAAUUUUUAAAUUUUUUUCUAAUUUUAUGCUUUAAAAUAGGUUUCUGAUUACAUAAAAUUUGAAUAGAAAACUCGAGAAGUAUGUAGAUUUUUGAAAAACCCAAACAAUAUUCUUCUUAGAUUUUUGGAGGCAAAAUUUAGACCAGUAUACUAAUUCAAAGACAAAUAUUUCAGAGGAAGUGGAGUAUAGUAUUUAACAUUUUGUUUGCAAUUUUACUUUUUCUGCCCUUCUUCCCUAUUGAACCUUGAUUAAAAUGUAUGAAUACAAUACUUGGAUUUUUUUUUUCAGCUUAGACUCUGAUAAUUUCAGUGGUAGUGGGGAAACCUGAAUUUGUCAGCAUGAUUAUUUGUAACUCAGAUUGUUCAAAUGUAUAUAGAAGGUCCCCUUCAAGUGUUGUUUCUCCAAGUAGUCAUAAAUGUAGCAAGUAUAAAUCAGAAUAUCAUCUUAUAAUCUUACAGAGUUAACCUAAUGAGUCAAUACCUUUCUAAGCAAAACCAUGAUAAAUUUAAAAACAACAGAAAUGUGGCAUGAUUACUUAUUUAUUUGUUCCAGGUGACUCUAAAUAGUUGAUUUUUCUGCCUGAAGGAUCCUGAACAUAUUUAGUUACCCUGUAGUUAUUUAGGAAUUUAAACCAGAAGACUUUGAAGUUGUAUAUUCUUGCAAUACAUAAAAUGGCAUUAUAAUCAACAAACUUAUGGUUUGUUUCAAUUGAUGUACACAAAAAAUAACUUAUAGUUAGACUUUUCUAUUUCAAGUAAAGCUUUGAGUUACUUAUUUUUAUACAUAUUCAUCAUGUACCCUUUAUUGUUUAUAGGUGUUGAUAUAUUUUAAUAAAAAUGAUAUGUUUAAUAUUUCCCCAUUAAUAUAUUUCUUUGAAGCUAUUUGUUUUAGAAGAUGUAACACUUAUUUGCUGUCAAAUUCUGAAUUAAAAAAUCUGUUGGUAGCCAGGCGCAGUGGCUCAUGCCUGUAAUCCCAACAUUUUGGGAGGCCAAGGAGAUGGAUCACUUGAGGCCAGGAGUUCAAGACCAGCCUGGCCAACAUGGCAAAACCCCAUCACUAAAAAUACAAAAAUUACCCGGGCAUGGUGGUGGGUACCUGUAAUCCCAGCUUCUUAGGAGGCUGAGGUAGGAGAAUCGCUUGACCCUGGGAGGUGGAGGUGGCAGUGAGCCGAGAUAGCACCACUGCACUUCUAGUUGACAGAGUGAGACUCUGACUCAAAAAAAAAAAAAAAAAAAUGUUGGGAAGACACACAAUUUUAUAUUUUAAAAUGUAAGUUAGUUUAGAUCUAUGAAGAUUUGUUGUUCCCGUCUCUUCAAGAAAUGAAAAGCCGGCUGGGUGCGGUGGCUCACGCCUGUAAUCUCAGCAUUUUGGGAGGCCGAGGCAAGAGGAUCACAAGGUCAGGACUUCAAGAGCAGCCUGGCCAAUACGGUGAAACCCUGUCUCUACUAAAAAUACAAAAAAAAUUAGCCGGGUGUGGUGGCACACGCCUGUAGUCCUAGCUGCUAGGGAGGCUGAGACAGGAGAAUCGCUUGAACCUGGGAGGCGGAGGUUGCAGUGAACUGAGAUUGUGCCACUGCACUCCAGCCUGGGUGACAGAGCGAGACUCUGUCUCAAAACACAAAAGAGAAAAGCUAAAGUAAGAGCAUAUAAUUGACAUCACUGUGGACAGAUUGCCAAUGAAAAUGCAAUAGAAUACCUUAUUUAAGGUAAGAGAAGAUGCUGAGUUACUGUCAGAUUAAAUUACCCUACAUUCUAACUAUGGCUGCAUUGAGAUUAUUUGUACAUAGUGUGACACCCACCUCCCACGCUCAUGCAAACAGGCUGUUAUAUCUUUGUAAUAGUUAUUUUAAAAUGUACAAUAAAUUAUUGUUGACUGUA